AUGGCCACCGCCGCUAGAUUCUCCGAAAUCAGCAGCACAAGCGGUUUCUUCGCCGAGUCAUCUCCGCCGGAGGAAGUUUCGGCGCUGCAACUGCUCUCCAACAGCCUCGAGUCCGUGUUCCUUUCGCCGGAAACGUUCUACAGUGACGCCAAACUAGUUCUCUCCAGCGGCCGUGAGGUAUCUUUCCACCGCUGCGUUCUCUCGGCGAGAAUACCCAUCUUCAAGACGGCCUUAGCCACCGCCGUAAAGGGCAAAGAAUCCACCACCGUGAAGCUCGACCUGAAGGAGAUCGCUAGUGAUUACCAAGUCGGAUUCGAUUCAGUGGUGACUGUUUUGGCGUACGUCUACAGCGGCAGAGUGAGACAGCCGCCGAAAGGAGCUUCUGAUUGCGUAGACGACGGUUGCUGCCACGUGGCUUGCCGACCGGCGGUUGAUUUCAUGGUGGAGCUUCUCUAUUUGGCUUUCGUUUUCCAGAUUCCGGAGUUAGUUACUCUGUUUGAGAGGCAUUUCAUGGAUAUUGUACACAAAAUUGACAUACAAGACAUUUUGGUCAUAUUCAAGCUUGCUAAUAUCUGUGGUCAAGCAUACAAGAAGCUUUUCGAUAGAUGUAUAGAGAUUAUUGUCAAGUCUGAUAUAGAACUAGUUAGUCUUGACAAGUCUUUGCCCCAACACGUUGUUAAACAAAUCACCGAGAUCCGCAAACAGCUCGGUCUAGAGCUACCUGAACCGGAUAAACAUGUCACGAAUAUACACAAGGCACUCGACUCAGAUGAUGUUGAGCUUGUCAAGAUGCUUUUGACAGAGGGACACACCAAUCUAGAUGACGCGUAUGGUCUGCAUUAUGCUGUUGCGCAUUGCGAUGUGAAAACCGCAUCGGAUCUCAUAGACUUGGAGCUUGCGGAUGUCAAUUAUAGAAAUCCAAGAGGACACACGGUGCUUCAAGUUGCUGCGAUGCGGAACGAGCCAAAGCUGAUAGUAUAUCUAUUAACAAAAGGAGCAAAUGCAUCAGAGACAACAUUUGAUGGUAGAACCGCUCUCGUGAUUGCGAAACGACUCACUAAAGCGGCUGACUAUUAUACUAGUACAGAGCAAGGCAAACCUUCUCUGAAAGGCGGAUUGUGCAUAGAGAGGAAUAUUUUCCUCCGUUAUUUGCCAAUCGAAUUCCGUGAUGCUCUCAUGAUAACUACAUUCUGCUUUUCAGUUGCGUUGGCUCGAAUUCUCUUUCCACUGGAAGCACAAGUUGUAAUGGAUAUUACCAAACUGGAGGAAACAUGCGAGUUUACAGCUUCUAGUCUCGAGCCUGAUCAUCACACUGUUUCAAAGAGGACAUCACUGGACCUAAACAUGGCACCUUUUCUAAUCCAAGAGGAGCAUUUGUGUAGACUAGGAGCGCUUAUUAAAACUGUGAAACUGGGAAACCGCUACUUCCCACGAUGUUCGCUUGAUCACUUUAUGGACACCGAGGACUUGAAUCAUCUGGCUUGCGUAGAAGAAGACACUCCUGAGAAACGGCUACAGAAGAAGCGAAGGUACAUGGAACUACAAGAGAGUCUAAUGAAGACCUUUAGUGAGGACAAGGAGGAAUUUGGUAAGCCUUCCACAUCGAACUCAAUGAAGUCUAAUCGUAAACUCUCUCAUCGGCGCCUAAGGGUAGACAAACGAGAAUUCCAGACCUUGGGGAAACGGGAAAGGAGAUUCGGCAAUGACAAAUCAAUAAAUCAUAUCCCAUUAAACUCAGGCAUCAAAAGUGAUGUCUCAUAUCCAAAUUAA